GAAGAUACUAAGCCAGAAGAUGAAUUAUUAUGGGUUUCCGGAAAACGUGGAGAUCCUAACGACAUUGAUGGCGAUGGCAUUCCAAACAUACACGACGAUGACAUGGAUGGUGAUGGCAUUGCCAAUCAUGAAGACAACGAUAUGGAUGGCGAUGGUAUUCCCGCCGAAGAGGAUACCGACAUAGAUGGUGAUGGGACACCCAAUCACCUGGAUAAUGAUAUUGAUGGCGAUGGCACACCCAAUCACUUGGAUGAGGAUAUUGAUGGUGAUGGCACACCAAAUCAUUUGGAUGAAGAUAUCGAUGGAGAUGGUGUCUCAAAUGAAAAAGACAACGAUGUUGAUGGCGAUGGUGUAGCCAAUGAUGAAGAUGACGAUAUUGAUGGUGAUAAUACCCCGAAUGAUUUUGAUGAUGACAUGGAUGGUGAUGGUAUAUCCAAUGCCCAUGACAUGGAUGUGGAUGGUGAUGGGGUACACAAUAAACAGGAUGAUGAUCAUCAUGAUAUGGAUGGUGAUGGUAUCCCCGAUCACCGGGAUGAUGAUCGUGAUGGUGACGGUGUGCCAAAUCAUCAGGAUGAUGAUGUCGAUGGGGAUGGCAUACCAAAUAAAUUGGAUAGCGAUAUUGAUGGUGAUGGUAUACCAAAUGAUCGAGAUGCCGAUCGUGAUGGUGAUGGUUUGCCAAAUGAACGCGAUGAUAAUGAUGGUGAACAUGACGACAAGAAAUGGAUUUCCAGAGGACAUGGCAGCGAUAUUGAUGGUGACGGGAUACCCAAUGCCCAUGACACCGAUAUGGAUGGAGAUGGUAUACUGAAUCACGAGGAUAUCGAUAUGGAUGGUGAUGGUUUGCUAAGCCAUGUUGACCCGGAUAUCGAUGGUGAUGGCACACUGAAUCAUGAGGAUGAGGAUAUCGAUGGUGAUGGCAUAUUAAAUGAAAAGGAUCAUGAUGCAGAUGGUGAUGGUUUGUCGAAUGAACAUGAACCGACAAGUUUAGAUAUUGAUGGCGAUGGCAUACCCAAUGAUGAUGAUGAAGAUAUUGAUGGUGAUGUGAUACCCAAUGAAUUGGAUCCAGAUAUGGAUGGUGAUGGUAUACCAAAUUUGCAUGAUAAGGACAUUGAUGGCGAUGGUGUGCCGAAUGCCCAUGAUGAUGAUCAUCCUGAUAUGGAUGGUGAUGGUAUACCCGAUUGUCUGGAUGAUGAUCGGGAUGGUGAUGGUAUACCCAAUCAUAAAGAUGAUGAUAUCGAUGGUGAUGGUAUACCCAAUCAUAAGGAUGAUGACAUAGAUGGUGAUGGUAUACCCAAUCACAAGGAUGUGGAUCGUGAUGGUGAUGGCAUAGCCAAUGAGCACGACGAUCACGAGGGUGGUCAUGUGCAUGACAAAAAGGCGGAUAAAAAGACGACAAGGAUUUCCAGAGAUCAUGACAUCGAUGGUGAUGGCAUACCCAAUGUCCAUGACACCGAUAUGGAUGGUGAUGGUAUACUGAAUCAUGAGGACAGUGAUAUGGAUGGUGAUGGUCUGCCAAGUCAUGCCGAUCCUGAUAUUGAUGGCGAUGGUACUUUGAAUCAUGAGGAUGAAGAUAUUGAUGGUGAUGGUACCUUGAACCAUGAAGAUGAGGAUGUUGAUGGUGACGGUUUGGCAAAUGAGCAUGAACCCAAGAGUCUGGACAUUGAUGGUGAUGGCAUACCCAAUGAUGAUGAUGAAGAUAUUGAUGGUGAUGUCAUACCCAAUGAUUUGGAUGAGGAUAUGGAUGGCGAUGGAGUGCCAAAUGUCCAUGACAAGGAUAUCGAUGGUGAUGGUGUGCCAAAUGCCCAUGAUGAUGAUCAUCGUGAUUUGGAUGGUGAUGGUAUACCCGAUCACCGGGAUGAUGACAGCGAUGGGGAUGGUGUACCCAAUCAUGAGGACGAUGAUAUCGAUGGUGAUGGCAUACCAAAUCAUUUGGAUGUGGACAUUGACGGGGAUGGGGUGCCAAAUCAUCUUGAUACAGAUCGGGAUGGUGAUGGGGUGCCCAAUGAUCGUGAUGAUCAUGAUGGCGAGGCCGAUGAUAAGAAGGCUGGUGGUAAAGUUAAGAGGGUUGCCGGUGAACCCGACAUAGAUGGUGAUGGCAUACCAAAUGCCCAAGAUCCUGAUAUGGAUGGUGAUGGUAUACCCAACCACAAGGAUUAUGAUGUCGACGGUGAUGGCAUACCGGCCCAUGAGGAUAGCGACAUCGAUGGUGAUGGCAAACCCAAUACCAUUGAUGAAGACAUUGAUGGUGAUGGUAUUAACAAUGAAAAAGAUCACGACAUUGAUGGUGAUGGCUUGCCAAAUGAUGAAGAGCCUACCAGCCUCGAUAUCGAUGGUGAUGGUAUACUCAAUGAUGAUGAUUCCGAUAUUGAUGGAGAUAUUCUACUCAAUGAAAUGGAUGCCGAUAUGGAUGGUGAUGGUAUACCGAAUACUGUGGACAAGGAUAUCGAUGGCGAUGGUAUACCCAAUGCUCAUGAUGAAGAUGAUCAUGAACCCUCAGCUAUGCAAGCAAAGGCCAUUAAACGUGCCAAGCGUGAUUUGACCGAGGCCAUUAAACAAUCUGAUAUGGAUGGUGAUGGUAUACCCGAUGAUUUGGAUGAGGAUAAAGAUGGUGAUGGAGUGCCUAACCAUCAAGAUGAUGACAUCGAUGGUGAUGGUAUACCCAAUUAUCAGGAUGAUGAUAUCGAUGGUGAUGGUGUCCUCAAUGAACAUGAUGUUGAUCGUGAUGGAGAUGGUUUGCUUAACGAGGAAGAUGAUAGUGAUGGUGAGCUUGAUGAUAUUGAAACAAGGCCAGAAGAUGAAUUGCUAUGGGAAGGUGAAAUUCCUGCUCAACGUCGUAGCCGUGAUCACAUCAAUGAACUCCUGCAACUCGAUGAACAAUCGAAUGCCCGUGAAAAGGCUUUGGAUAAUGUGGCUGAAGUCAUCUUGCGUGACAUUAAGCGUACCUAUGAGAAUGCCAUUAAACCAUUGGAAGUUAUGUACAAAUAUCGUGACUUGAGUAAUCGUCACUUUGGUGAUCCGGAAAUUUUCUCCAAACCAUUGGUAUUGUUUAUGGGUCCAUGGUCUGGUGGUAAAUCAUCGAUUAUUAACUAUUUGACUGAUAAUGAAUAUACCCCGCAUUCUCUGAGAUCUGGUGCCGAACCCUCUCCUGCCUAUUUCAAUAUUUUGAUGUGGGGCAAUGAGACUGAAGUUUUGGAUGGUACACAAUUGGCUGCCGAUUACACAUUCUCGGGAUUGCAGAAAUUCGGUCAGGGUUUGGAGGAUCGUUUGCGUGGCCUGAAAAUGCCAAUUAAAUUGUUGGAAAAGGUUAACAUUGUUGAAAUUCCCGGUAUCUUGGAAGUACGCAAACAAGUUUCCCGCCUCUUCCCCUUCAAUGAUGCCUGCCAAUGGUUUAUCGAUCGUGCUGAUAUUAUUUUCUUGGUCUAUGACCCAGCCAAAUUGGAUGUUGGCCCCGAAACUGAGGCUAUUUUGGAUCAAUUGAAGGGUCGUGAAUAUCAAACCCGUAUUAUUUUGAAUAAGGCCGAUACUGUGAAACCUGAGGAAUUGUUGCGUGUUCAAAGUGCUUUGAUUUGGAAUAUUUCACCAUUGAUGUCAUCGGCUCAACCACCAUUGGUCUAUACUACCUCCUUGUGGGGUCGUCCCUACCAAGAGGGUGCUCCAGCUCGUUUGCUGUUGGCCCAAGAAAGAGCCUUUUUGCGUGAUCUUCGUACUGCUGUCGAUAAGAGAAUUGAAAACAAAAUUGCCAGUGCGCGUCGUUUUGCUGUCCGCGUCCGUAAUCACGCCAAAAUGGUUGACUGCUAUUUGAAUACCUACUACAAUCACAAGUCCUUGUUUGGAAACAAGAAACGUAUUGCCGAUACGAUUAUUGAAAAUCCUCAAAACUAUCACAUCUAUGAGGGUCUCUCGACUUUGACUAACAUCUCACGUUACGAUUUACCCGAUCCUGAAGUAUAUCGUGAUUUCUUCCGUUUGAAUCCAUUGUAUGAAUUCAAGAAGUUAUCGGAGACCUGCUCAUACUUCCGUGGUUGCCCUAUUACCAAAUUGGAUGUGGCUAUUGCUUACGAUUUGCCCGAUUUGGUUGGUAAAUAUAAACGUAUGGCUGAGGCUGCCUUGGCAACGGUAGAACAAAAGGAAGCCGCCACAGCUGCAGGUGCUGCCAUAGCGGAUAAAUCAGAGGCUGAUAAGAAUAAAAAGACUAAAAGUUGA